GGGCGAUAUGCUUUUUGCUGGCCAGCUGGCCGGCGUCCUUGUCACAGUUGUCACUCUUGUCAGUCCUUGUGUAUGUAUAUAUGUACAGAAUUCAUUAAAUCCGUGUAGGCCGUGUAGUAAUCUGAGUAGUCUGACAUCCAGGGCCUCAGAAAAGAAGAAGAAAUUCGUUGCUCUUUUCACGUGCGAUAAGUUUCGUUGAUAUAACCAUGGUUCAAUUUUGCACUAUCUCAAAAAUAAAAUAAACGAACAAAGCUCUGACCAAUUUGAUAUUCUGUUAGCCUGAACUAUAUAAUUAAAAAGCAAGAAACAACUAAACUAAACUAAACUGCUCGUUCUUUUUGCUUUAUUCUACGGUUUUGUUUUAUACAUAUGUUUAUUAUAAACAAAAAAUAUAAAAUUUAUGAUAAAAACGUUUUUCUUAUGACGAUUCCAUAUUUUGUGUGUAUUUUAUUAGACUAAGGUGUAAGGUUAAAACAAAAAUGUUUGUGCUGGUGGAAUUAAAAGAUACUGUUAGAAUACAACCAAGUAGUUUUAAACAAAAAUUGAAUGAUGUUAUUGCUAACGAAUUAAAUAGAAAACUUGCUAAUAAAGUGUACAAAGAUGUAGGUCUCUGUAUCACAUUGCAUGAUAUUACAAAGAUCGAAGAAUCAUAUAUUUUUCCAGGAGAUGGAGCUUCUCACACAAAAGUGACAUUUAGAUUUAUUGUAUUUCGUCCAUGGAUGGAAGAAAUAUUAAUAGGAAAAAUUCGUAGUUGUAGUCCCGAGGGUGUACAUGUUACAUUAGGAUUUUUUGAAGAUAUAGUCAUACCGCCUCAUAAGUUACAACAUCCGUCACAUUUUGACCAAAGGGAACAAGUAUGGCUGUGGAAAUACAAGACUGAUGAUGGAGAAACUCAUGAUCUAUUUAUGGAUGCAGUUGAAAUUUCAGAUCAAGUUAUACGAUUCAGAGUAGUAAAAGAAAUCUUUACAGAAGUACCUUUACCAUCGGCACCUAAUGCAUCUCGCGACAUGAGUGAGAAGCCAGAAGCUAAUAACGUUGCACCAUAUAUUUUACACGGAUCGAUUGAUGAACCUGGUUUAGGUUUACUUGCCUGGUGGCAAGAUUCAUAAUUUGUUAUGUAUAUAUUAGUCGGUUUUAAGGCUACUGAUCAAUCACCAUUUCUCUGAUUAUAUGAUAUCGGAAACAAAACACAAUUUUUACAAGAUAUAUUAAAAUAAAAAUAUUUUUUAGUAAAACAAGAAAUAUUGAAAUUGAUGAAACAAACUUGUAAAAUGUUGUCGAAAACUUUCUCUUUGCUUGUUCAAUAAAUAAUCAUACAUCUGAAAUGGAGUUGUGCCUAAUCAAAAACGAAAUAAACUAUUCAGUUAUAAAUACUGUAGAAUAAAUACAUAAAAACAUAUGUGACUCGAUUCCUUUCUAAAACAAAAUGAAAAUUCUCCGAUAUAUUUUCAAAAUCUAUUUUUUCAAUUGUAUUAUUUUAUUGAAAGAUAUUUUUAAUAUAUUUUGAGAAAUGUAUUAAAUUUUUUUUUUUUCCAUUUUUGACAUGACAGUCUGAUAUAAAAUACUGAAGAAUGAUCAGGAACCUUAAGCAAAUUAUGUAUAAUAAAGAUGUGUAUGAUUAAAGUACAAGAAAUUCUGGUCAAUAAAUUUUUAUUUCACAGCA